UCCGCCAGAGACUUCCAGCGCAGGUGACAAUCCGGCGAGGACAUCUUCUUUCUCCGUGCCUUUUUAUGAUAACCACGGUUUUGUUCUAACACCCACCAUACCUGGACCGAUUGGUGGUGAUAUGGUCGGUCCCUAUCUGUCCCUAGUCCCUCUAACAUUACAGGUAUGCCUCUACCUGCUCAUAGGUGCGAUUGGAGCUCAGGUCUAUUUUAGGCGUUUCACUUCCUGGUCGUAAGCUCACGUUGAACAAACGCUCAGUGGCUCACAUCGAGAAAUAUGCGUCGUCGGUUACCGCAAGUCUUAAGAUUCUACUCUAACAAGUGAGGAUUUUAUAUUUAUUGGGACAGUUUCUUACACUAUGGAUUACGUGAACUUACCGAACAGUCCCUACAAACUGAUAGACGGAUGGUUGCAACACAAAGGAACGCACGAUUCCAAGUGGGUGCAGUAUUGGUGCGUCAUCAAGGAAUUCACCCUGUAUAUUUUCAAAAACCAGGAUACAAGCAGAGAAAAUCAUAUUGGCGUGCUUCAGCUUGGCUCCGAUACCAAGUACAGGACGGGGGAGAGUGAUGAGAAGAAGGGUUAUAGAUUCGACCUGUACACCACCAAACGACUCAACAAGUUUAGGACAACCAAGUUUAGCGAACGAGAGCUAUGGAAGGCAUUCAUUAUUGGACUGGCGCAGGGCGAUGUUUCUGAUGGUCUUGACCUUCUGCCGGGUCAGAUCCACAAGAUCCGGGACGACAUACAACGUGUAAGGGGCAAGUCCCAGAACCCACCACUUCCCAUCUCCUCUUCUCGGAUGCCCCCCGACAGCAGCAGUGUGGGUACAGGCUUCUCCUCCCCAGACAACAGCAUCACCUCUAUCUUCCCCGACAACCAAUCACACUUGUCUCUGGACAAUGGCGGACCAAUGAUAAGACACAGAUUUUGGAGGGACCCAGACAACAGCGAAAUACCCACAUGGUUCUUUUCUGGCAUCACACGAGAUAUUGCAGAGAAAGUUCUAAACAGUGGCGGCAACUAUGGCAACACACUGAUGAGAGAGAGCGUCACAUUCCGGGACACUGGGAGUUACGUCAUCACGAAGAAGAUGGAACAUGCUAGACGGAACCCAUUUAACCACUUUGAGGUGAUCCGCAUCGCUGAAGGCUUCAAGAUCAAUGUGGAAAAUGCACACAAGUCGAUCCCGUGCCUGUCGGAGGUGAUGGACUACUUUGUAAAUAUGUCGGGAGCUGCAGUCACUCGACCCCUCAUCACUAAUGACGUGAAGAUUCUGGGACUGGAGGCACCAGAUUAUCAGACUCGCAUUGAAAGCAAAAGGACAAAUCCUGACAGUGGGGAGGAAUAUCAAGAAGCUGAAGAUUAUGAAGAAGCCCAUGUCCAGUCGUCAAGAAACAUGCAGCGAAGGCCAGAUGUACAUGCAACAUGGAGUCCUCAAAAGUAUUUUCCAGGGAACCGAGGUGCAGGAGGUGGUUAUGGUGGCAGUACAGUGUCAGGCUAUGGUGCCCGGAACAGGUCCAGCAUUGACCCUGUCCAGCUGAGUGAGGGAGUAAAAGUAGCAAAUGUGAUGAGUAACCUGGACUCCACCAUCAACCACUAUGACCCCUACAAACAUGGUUACAAUCGGCGGGGCAGAAAUGAAAUCGAUGAAGUUGUCGAGCUUGGACAGGCACCACCCCUUCCCUGCCUUCGUGGCCGUCGACAGAGCCAGCCGGUCCUGCACAUUACAGCAGACAUCAGUACACAAGGCCCUGAUAAACGGUCACACCCUCGAUGGCAGAGUAGAACCAAAUCAGUUCCCAAUCUGGGAAUUCUAGGUGACCUCAGCUAUCUGAACAAACAAGUGCCAGUUCCCAGUGAAAGCCCCACCCUUAUGUCACCCACCCAGACACCACACCGGCCUCUGUCUACUAUUCCAGUGCCAGUUCCCAGUGAAAGCCCCACCCUUAUGUCACCCACCCAGACACCACACCGGCCUCUGCCAAAACCUCCAGAACAGGAGGACACGGAGAAAAGUCCACCUAUGUCUGGAUUCCAGAAACAGCUUGAAGAUGCAAGAUUAAAACUUUCUGGUGGACCCAACAAGAAGGACACCACUGUGGACCAAGAAUACUAUGAUGACGCUGUUGCUCUCCAACUUUCAGAAGGAAAGAGUGUAUCAUUUGCCAACACACCCUCAGAAGAUGGUUCCAGUGAAUCAGGGGCUACUAACAAGCAAGGGUUCAAGGAACGUCUUGAAAUGCUGUUGGCUGGUGGACCAAGAACAACUAAUCCAGUGCAGAGGACAUCAGCUGUACCCACAUCACCUGUGUCACAAGGCCCCGUGGAGGAGGAGGAGGAGGAGUAUGAUGAGGUCCUCUAUGAACACAUAGAUGGUGUGUAACUGAUUGCUGGACCUCGCCAGUGCACAGCAUGGGUUGCUCAUAGCCAGCACUGACAGCUGCACUGUUGCCACAGUACAGCAGAUCAUCUAAUCACUGAAGAAUCUACAGAAACCUAUUUUAUCUGACUAUAUUCCAAACCUGUAUAUAGUUCAUGCCAGUUCGUUUGGAACUUGUGUCAUCACAAGAAGCACAAAAUGUGACUGAGUUUCCCAUUGAGAUAAGGGGGGACCUAAGAUGGCAUUGUGUGAUGGCCACAUGAGAGGAGGUCCUCUAAGGUGUGAUGAGAUCAUCCUUGAACUGAUGGUAUCCAGAUUGUGAUGUAUUGUGAUUAACAAGGAGUCCUGGAAGGGCUGGACAAAAUGAGAAUAUAGCGUCAGUUUAUGUGGUCGUGAUCAUGAUAGACUCAUACUUGGGACAUUGCAAUGAAACAUGCAAACUGUAGAGUUGAGCACCAUCAGGUUGAAAUACCUUGAAUACAUCAUUCGGGUGAGAAAAUUGUUAAAAAAGAAGACUGCACAUCCAGUGUGCUGUUUUAUUGGUUGUAUUGUUUUUAAGAUGUAUACAGUAAUAACUGUUCACUAACAACCCAUGUUUGUCAUCAGACUGAAAUGGGGCUCAGUAUUAACUGCACAUUUUUUUAAAAGACCUAGUUAUUUACUCUUCCACUAUCCCAAGUUUUGUAAAAAUAUUUGUGGGGCAGGCAUCAAAGAAAGCCUAUACCUGAUGCUGUCACCACCACCCAAGGAAAGACGUCAAGCCCAGCGAGAGAAUUAGGGGCUUCAUCAAGUGUCUUGAUACAUGGGCGGAUCCAGGAAUUUUGAAGAAGUGUGUGUGUGUUUCAAAGCCCCUGAAACACCCCCAUUGGCUCCGCCAACGCGAAAAAAAUAAUCAAUGUGGUCUUAAGUCAUUUUCAGGGGUGUCGAAACCCCCUGAACCCCCCCUCUGGAUCUGCCAAUGAUGAUAUGUCCAUAUAACACACAUAUAAAGGCUUACAGUACUCUUCUACAGUGUGGUUUAUAUGUAACUGUGUAUACUGUGUACAGAGACCAUACAAUUAUAUGUUAUAUUCUGUAGUACAAUACAGACAAAUAACUUCUGUGAUAUGCACUGCGACACAACUGAACUACAUGCAUCUGACUACAGGUACUUAUAACAUGAAGAACUGGCACAGUCUGUUGUUACUGCGUCAUGUUGUAAACAGUUUCUGCUGGUUGUCAGUACUUACACUGUGUCAGCGUGUUGCUGAAACUGCAGUAAACCAUACUCGUUCAGUCAAUACAAAUUACUUGGACUGUUGUUUAAAGGAAGUCUCUCCAGACAGACUAACCACACACUCAAAGCAAUCUUCUACAGGACUUUUAAAGUGAGAUUAAAAUAGCACAUAUAUUUAGAUGAUGAGUUGAUGUGUAUAAACAUAUUCUGAUGUUGUACAUAUACUUCCACAUAUGCAGGAGUGUCUUCACAGUUAGAUAGAGAAUCUGACCCACGUGUCUUCUGAUAUCAAAUAUAUCAACACAAGUUGAUUAAAGUUUGUUGAGGAUAGUUUUACGUUAGUCCAUUAGUGUUGAUAUGUUUUAUAUCAGAGUGUUCAUUUAUCAUUCAAAAUCAUUCUUCAUCAGUUAUCAGUAACUGAAUGAACUGCCAUUCAGCCUCUUCUUUGAGAGCCAUUUUAGAAGUUGUAUAGAUGAAGGAAAACCAAGUUCUAUGGAUAGUCAACUUCUUUCUUGCAAUGGGUACAACGUUUCGGUGUAGGUACUAACACUGUUAUCAAGCAAGUGAUGCUUGAUAACAGUGUUAGUACCUCCACCGAAACGUCGCACCUAUUGCAAAAACAGAAGUUGACUAUCCAUAGAACUUGGUUUUCUUGCCAUUCAGCCUUUUGAGCAGUGAUCCCAGUGAGGUCAUAGCAUUGUGACAUCAUCAACACCUUUGUGACAUCAUAGCAUUGUCAGCUGUGUUCUUAGUGAUGUCAAAGCAUUGUGGGGUCAUUAACUGACGAUGUAGUACCAUUAUGACAAUUCAAUUGUUGCGAUAUCUAAAAUGUAGAUAUCGCUUGAUCUCACUCAAGCUGUAUCUACUGUGGGAGUCAGUUUUGGAUGAUAAAUUGAAAUAUCAGCUUUGUAUAAGAUGAAGAGCUGAUGUGUAUAAACUUGGUAUGAUGUUGUACAUAUACUGGGGACUUUGUGUACCAUUGUAAAUACAGAAUCGGGUCUCAGUUUUUUUAAAUCAGAUGGGACAUAUUAUGUGUAAACAUUGUAAUAAAUAAAACAUGAAACCAAU